CAUGCUAUCCGUUAAUCGCAAUGCCAGAAUGGAGAGUGCAAUCUCCAAUUGAGGCAUGCUCGAAGGCUCGACGACGCGGGUGAUCAUCCAUCUGGACCUCGACUGCUUCUACGCGCAGGUGGAGCAGCGGCGUCUCCAGAUCCCGGAUGGGCAACCCGUUGCAGUGCAGCAGUGGGGGAGUCUACUGGCCGUCAACUACGAAGCGCGCAAGUUUGGCGUGAAGCGAGGUGGGAUGCUGAACGUUGAAUGUAUCCUAGCAGACUACUCCUUAGCAUUAACAGGAAGGAUGCUGAGCUUUUAGGGGACUUUAUCGACGACGCGAAAAAGAAAUGCCCGCAGAUUCACCUGGUAUGUGUUGCCAACGUCCAAUGUUCGCCGUUGAUCAGCCUACAAUACGCUUUUCCGUUAUGCUGGAUCAUGAAGCUGACAGUCAUUGCUUGCAGCCGCACGUAGAUACAUUGGGCGAGAAUCGCAAGCCAGGACAGCCCUUCGACCGCACGCACCAAAAGGCCAUCUUACGUAGGUAUCGCGUCGCUAGUCGCGAAAUCUUUGCCAUUCUAGGCUCCGUGGUGUCGAUUAUCGAGAAGGCAAGCAUCGAUGAAGCGUUCAUGGACGUCACCGAUAUGGCCAAGGAGAGACUUGCUCAGACGACUGCAUUUUCGUCAGAUUUCUGCCAGGACUCAGCCAACCACGAUACGAAAGUAUUUGGCAUUGAUUCAGAGGAUAACAAUGAUGAAGAUGCAACCGACAAGGACGAUAGUUUGCAGGCGUUCCCUUUGACGGACAACGAGCGGCUAUUGUGCAUUGGUGCAGAGAUCUCCCGCGAGAUUCGCCAUGCAGUCUACAGCAAGCUUGGCUACACUUGCUCAACGGGUAUUGCAGGCAACAAGCUGCUUGCCAAAUUGGCGUCUCCACUCAACAAGCCUAACGGUCAAGUUGUCGUGGCAUCUCGCUUCGUUACGGAUCUCAUGAAGAUUUUACCAAUGCGGAAGAUUCGAGGACUUGGCGGCAAACUUGGCAAGCAGCUCGAGAGUAUUUAUUCAAGUCUCGACUCCGGUGUUUCCGAACAAGGAGAAGGAGCUGAAGAAACAUUCAAGAAGCUGACCGCGCACACUUUCCUGCAGCACUGUGGACUGGCUGAGUUGACUAAGCACGUGGGUCAAGAAACGGCUGCGUAUGUUCACCGGAUCUGCCAGGGCAAUGACGAUAAUGAACCGGUGGAAGAGAAGAAGGUUCAAUUGAAAAUGUUCAGCUGCGUAAAGCAGUUCGACCAGCGCUCCGGGUCAGCAUUGGUGCGUGUGGAGCAGCUCGAGUACUGGGUACGGCUGCUAUGUGAGGAGGUGGUCGUGCGUUGCGAGGACGAGCGCAUCGAGAACAAGCGCUUUCCGUCGCAGUUAACCAUCCAGUUCAUUCGUGCUAAACCUGGAGAGAAGUCACGUACGUACAAACUAGGGAUCGCUCAGGACACGACGGUGGACGAGCUGUAUACAGCAGCGAUGAACGUGAUGAGGCUCCACUUGGACAGCAUGUUCCCCAUGUCGACACUGAUAAUGAACGCCAAGAACUUCCACGAUCUGGACUCACAAGCUGUGACCACCAUCUCGAGUUUCUUCACGCGGACUGCGGAGCAAGCAACGCAGCGCAUGGAGGAGGAAAUCAAACAGUUUGCUGCCAAACGGGACAGGGACAGAUCGCCCACGCGGAAGAGCAACAAGCAGAAGAUAUCAGCGUUCUUCGGGCCGUCAAGCAGCAUCUGCAACGGCGAUGACACAGAGGCAACGAUCAUCACUCCAUCAGUGUCUGCAACUGCGCACUCGGACAGUGGCAUCGAGGCCACUUCAACAUGCACAGAAACUGCUUCGACGUCCGAUCACUUUUGCGACGAGUGCAAGCGCGUCGUAUCGGAGCCUCGAGCCGAGCAUGCCGACUUCCACUUCGCGCUGAAGCUCAAUCAGACGCAGCGCAACGAGGCGAUGGCGAGUGCAGGAGCUUCGAGGAAAAAGGGGCCAUUAGAUGCAUUCCUACGGCGAUAGAGUGUUAAAAAGUAUGGCUAAAUGUGAAAUAUAGCUUUAUAGAAGAAAACCACAUGGAGUUUGUAAGAACUCUGUAGUAAAC